AUGCGAGUCGUACUUCCGGGACUCAAGACGUCGCUGAGGCACCAGACAGCCUUGCGCCACUACCACGCGACACAGCCGCAACCAUGGCUUGUCCCCGUGGGGCUUACAUGCGCGGGUCUAUUCUUGGGUACGCGCUACAUCCUACGAGCCCAGGAGCGAGUGCGAAGACGACGCGCGGGAUUACCGGGCGAGGGGGAUGAGGGUGAAGGGACAGAGGAAGGAUCGUCACCCUUAAGUAAAAUGCAGCAGGUUUUAGGAGUAGAUGUGGGAUCAUCAAAUUUACGUGUGGCGACGGCCUCGUUGCUGGAUUCGGCGCAUGGUGCGCGGGUGAUCGAGAGCGCAGAUGGAUUGCGAGCGACUCCAGCGGCGGUGGCGGUGGACAAUGGCAGCGUCUCGAUCGGAGCAAUUGCCAAGGCACUACAGGGACGAAAACCAGGCCACACAGCGACUGCAACAAGGCUCCUUCUUGGACCUGCCACUAAAGAGAGAGACGAGCUUAUCAACAAGCUGCCGUAUACGGUGCAUCAACGUGGAGAGACGCUGGAGAUAGAGCUAGAUGGGAAGACCUACAGCCCUGAGGUGGGUUGA